CUUUGCGUUCUCGUUUCUCAACAACCAUCACGAGAAAGCAUCCAAGGUUCCAAAAACACGCACACCCCAAUCGAGACCAUGAACACAAUAAUCGAAGCAGAAGAACCCACAUGGCAAGAACUGCUCGGCAGCAACAGCUGGGAAGGCCUUUUGGACCCUCUCGAUCUCUCCCUCCGCAAACUCAUCCUCCGAUGCGGCGACUUCUGCCAAGCCACCUACGACGCCUUCAACAACGACGACAACUCCAAGUAUUGCGGCUCCAGCCGUUAUGGCAAGGCCUCCUUCUUCCACAAGGUCAUGCUCCACAACGCCUCCGACUAUGAAGUCGUCGCCUUUCUCUACGCCACUGCCAAAGUCGGCCAUCGCUCGGCCUUUCUUUUCCACUCCCACUCUCGCGAGUCAUGGGACCGCGAGUCUAAUUGGAUUGGCUAUAUCGCCGUCACCACCGACGGGGUCAGCCACACCCUAGGCCGGCGCGAGAUCUAUGUCGCGAUGCGUGGAACUACUAGGAGCUACGAGUGGAUUGACGUGUUGGAGGCUAAACUCAAGCCUGUGGUGUCGUUGUUGCGUCCAAAUGCGCGUGCUGAACACAGGGAUGAUGGUAGUAGUAGUGAUAGCGAUGGAGAUAAUGAAAAGGUGCCAAAAGUCAUGAAGGGUUGGCUUACUAUCUACAUGUCGGAGGACUCCAACUCGCUAUUCACCAAGAAAAACGCAAGAACGCAGCUUUUAACCAAGAUCGAUGAGUUGAUAAAGCAAUACAAAGACGAGGAAGUAAGUGUGACGUUAACGGGGCAUAGUCUUGUUUUUAUAACUUAA